AUGAAAACCUCGCAGCUUCGCGCCUCCGACCUAUUGGCGUACGACGAUCAUCCAUCCCUCUCUUUUACACCCAGCAUUCUACAGUGCCAGACCAAUGCUGCAUCGGAGAAUCGGGCACGCAGUUUCAGCCAAGUCGAGAGGGGGGCUGCAGCUUCUCCUGAUCCUUUUACAUUCUACAAGACAUAUCUCAACACGAACGAACCACUGCUCGGUGACCAAGAAAACUUGAAGUCAGACGGUAAUGGCUACCCAUGCCAUUCAGGAGCGGCUGCCUACAAUGCAUCGGCCGAUGAUGCCCAAAGGCAAGCCAGAGGUCACACCACUGCAUACAAGCUCGCCGUACGUCUUGCGAACCGCUCGAAUGGAGCCCCACUUGCUACAAUCAUCGAGCAGGGCUCGUAUUCCACGCUGAACUCGCAUGGAUCACUGCUUAGCGUUGGCCGCUUCCCAUCGCUCAAAGCCGCGGAGGAUACGUCGCCCAGCCGAGGCUCAAGGCGAAGAUCGCGCAGUUUAGACGAAAAAGCUCUGCAUGACAUCCAGGAGGAUUUGACCCGAGAAUAUGAUACUUGCACGGUGGCUGUGCCGCACGCAAGGCUCGAUGGGGAACAUGGAGCAGCUGAUGAAACAAGCCGCACCGCCACACCUUCAACAUCGCACCGCUUUGAGCUGCAACAGUCCCCAUCUCCAUCCGAGGCCGAGCCGUCCGAUCACGACAUCCGAGGCGUAAAAGGGUUAGUUCGUGGCGUUUUACAAACCGUUCGAGGCGUUUCAAGAACCCGGUCUCGAUCAUCCUCAAUGACACAUUUGCCUAUCGUAGAGCAUCGGGAGAGCUCGCCGUCUACUGGCGGGAGUAGCCUACAACUUGAUCAGGAAGGCCAAGGUUCUGAAUCCUACCAUCAACAGAACGAAAAUCGUAGCAUCUCGACACGCGUAUCUCAAACUACGGCAGUCGUGUCGGUCUCGAGAGAUCAAAAUAGAAAUCGUGGCGAGCACUCAGCUUGCACGUACUCGUCUUUGCCACAUCCUCGCUCUGCUUUGACCGAUGCAACUACGGUGUUUGGAUCUAUGCCCCUUGCGUUACCCUGGCGAGCCACAAGAAGCUCGCAUGAGCAGCCCUUCUCGACAUUUGCUGCACGUACAGGAACACGCGAUGUGGCGCGAGAGGAUGAUACGAAUCAGGCCGCGAUAUCCCAUCAUGACAUGUUGGACACCUCAGCUCGACACGCGGUCAAUGGUGUUCCUGUGUAUGACAAAAAUCCAUCUUCACUGAAAGAAGUGAGUAGCGCAAGAGAGGUGUUUGCGAACCAGAAUGCUAGCUUCUGUAGCACGAUGUCGACCUCGUACUCUGGCACCGUAUUGGGUGUUGAUCUUGACCUGCAACAUGACUUCAACAAUCUAGCUCGCCGCUCACAGUCGCCGCCAACGCCUGUUUGGUUCACACCACAGAUGGCAGAGCUUGAACGGCAAGCAUCCUUUUCGGAGUCACCUGAGUCUAUUAAAGCUUACAUCCAAGCCCACACUCCAUAUCGCUCAAUCACAUCGUCCGCACUGACUUCUCUACUACCUAUAGCUGCCGCAUCCGGGAUUGUGCAACCGGUCUACAAUACGCCAGGUAUUUCUUUCUAUUCGCCAUCUGGAAACCUCAUUUAUCCGGAAAGCGGCUCACCUCGAAGCACCAGCCUGUCGGAGCAUGGAAGCUCACCGAAUAUCACCACGCCUUACUAUAACGAGCAAUGUACGAGUGCCGGGAGCUUACCUAUUCGACCAAUUUUGGUACCCAUGACCACCUCUCCCAUUCACAGGACCCCACUGCCGCCACAUCUUCAGCACCAUCACGGACACCAUCGCCCCGAAAAAUCCCAAAUCACAUCUUGCAAGUCGACUAUCACUCCGAAAGGACCAGUCAAAGGCUGUGAUGGUGUCGUGCGCGAGAACAGCCUCACUCCGCGGAGCGGUAUCUUCUACCCACACGGAAAGGACAAAAUCCAUCGCUCGAUCAAAAUGACCUUGCAUGACCUGAAAGCGGAAAUAAAUUUCUACAAGGCACGAUUCGUCGCACUGGCGGCAACUCAUUCUUUCGCCCCUUCGCUACCCAAGAACAAGAAUUUGCAGAGGCGACAUGUUUGCAACUAUAACACGUACGCUAGAAAUUCUCAUGUGAACCCCACCAGCAAGACAGGACCGCGAAAAGGUAGGUCCAGAGAGGAUGUUCUUGGCCCUGUUGCUGCGCACGCAUUGAGGGUUUGUUUUUGCCAACCGUACGACGGUGCAGGGAAACCGACACAUGCCACUGCCACGGGUGCAUGUUUUGCAAGAGAACUAGUUUCUAAGAGCAGCAAGUUAAACGCAGGUCAGCACGCGAAGGAUGCCGAGCAAAUAUUGCCCAAUGCAAGGAUCGUGGGCAGCGGGGGGCGCAGUCAGGGUGGAGACGCAAAGAGGGCGACGAGACGAGACAGUGCGAUAGGCAGCACCGCUCGGGGAGCAUCGAAGACUGGGAUGGCGAGGAAGAAGAUGGAUUGA